AUGGCAACACCUCAGAUCGAGAUCGGAGAGGUUCGUGAUGUUCUCCUGUUCGCCUUCACGGACAAUGCCCCCCAGGUGGAGUCCAUGCUAGAGGGGUUAGCCAUCCGAGAGCAGCAGUCUAUCCCCGUUGUCUGCAUGUCCAUUCGCGAUGAAGCCGGCUCGACGAUGGUUCAUUAUGCAGCCAAGCGAGGCCAUGUCGCCAUGCUUGACCGAAUCUUGUCCCACUUCCACGCCUACCGACCGGACCUGAUCAAGUCGUUCAUCAACUUCAAGCAGAGCGAGGGUGACACGGCGUUGCACUGGGCCGCCAAGGGCGGAAAUCGCUAUUAUUGUGAGGUCCUCCUUGAGAGCGGCAUCGAGGUGGACGUGAAGAACAACGACGGGAAGAUGGCUGUCGAUCUGGCGCGUACUGCCAUGGGAGCGAAAGAACCUGCGCUUGCGGCGGCUCGAGCUCGCCAUGAUGCAGAGAAGGAGAAGGAGAAGGAGAAGGACGAGGCCAGACUCUCCCAGUACGCGGCCGAGGUGGCGCGCCUCACGACCCUGGAGGAGAAGCUGUCAGGUACUGUCACGUACCUUGACGAGAAGCUGCGAGCUUCUCAGCGAUCUCGGACCUGA